GGGGAAGGCGCGCGGUCUCUGGGUUGGGGGCGGGGGCUGGGGGGCGCCCAGGAGCCGAGUGGGGGGCGGCGGCCAGCAUGCGGGCCCGCAGCGCCCUGCCCCGCAGCGCCCUGCCCCGCCUGCUGCUGCCACUGCUGCUGCUGCCGGCUGCCGGGCCGGCUCAGUUCCACGGGGAGAAGGGCAUCUCCAUCCCGGACCACGGCUUCUGCCAGCCCAUCUCCAUCCCGCUGUGCACGGACAUCGCCUACAACCAGACCAUCAUGCCCAACCUUCUUGGGCACACGAACCAAGAGGACGCGGGCCUGGAGGUGCAUCAAUUCUACCCGCUGGUGAAGGUGCAGUGCUCGCCCGAGCUGCGCUUCUUCCUGUGCUCCAUGUACGCUCCGGUGUGCACGGUGCUGGAGCAGGCCAUCCCGCCGUGCCGCUCCAUCUGCGAGCGCGCGCGCCAAGGCUGCGAGGCGCUCAUGAACAAGUUCGGCUUCCAGUGGCCCGAGCGCCUCCGCUGCGAGCAUUUCCCGCGUCACGGCGCGGAGCAGAUCUGCGUGGGCCAGAACCACUCCGAGGACGGAACUCCUGCGCUACUCACCACCGCGCCACCGUCUGGGCUGCAGCCUGGCGCUGGUGGCACCCCGGGCGGCCCUGGCGGUGGUGGCGCGCCCCCGCGCUACGCCACUCUGGAGCACCCUUUCCACUGUCCCCGCGUCCUCAAGGUGCCGUCCUAUCUCAGCUAUAAGUUUCUGGGUGAGCGCGAUUGUGCCGCGCCCUGCGAGCCUGCACGGCCCGACGGCUCCAUGUUCUUCUCGCAGGAGGAGACUCGUUUUGCCCGUCUCUGGAUCCUCACAUGGUCGGUGCUGUGCUGCGCUUCUACUUUCUUCACGGUCACCACCUAUUUAGUGGACAUGCAGCGAUUCCGCUACCCAGAGCGGCCCAUCAUCUUCCUGUCCGGUUGCUACACCAUGGUGUCAGUGGCCUACAUUGCGGGCUUCGUGCUCCAGGAGCGCGUGGUGUGCAACGAGCGCUUCUCUGAGGACGGUUAUCGCACGGUGGUGCAGGGCACUAAGAAAGAAGGCUGUACUAUACUCUUCAUGAUGCUGUACUUCUUCAGUAUGGCCAGCUCCAUCUGGUGGGUGAUUCUGUCCCUCACCUGGUUCCUGGCAGCCGGUAUGAAGUGGGGCCACGAGGCCAUCGAGGCCAAUUCGCAGUACUUCCACCUGGCCGCCUGGGCGGUGCCGGCCGUCAAAACCAUCACCAUCCUGGCCAUGGGCCAGAUCGACGGCGACCUGCUGAGCGGCGUGUGCUUCGUGGGCCUCAACAGCCUGGACCCGCUGCGAGGCUUCGUGCUGGCGCCGCUCUUCGUGUACCUGUUCAUCGGCACAUCCUUCCUGCUGGCGGGCUUCGUGUCACUCUUCCGCAUCCGCACCAUCAUGAAGCACGACGGCACCAAGACGGAGAAGCUGGAGAGGCUCAUGGUGCGUAUCGGCGUCUUCUCCGUGCUCUACACCGUACCGGCCACCAUCGUCAUCGCCUGCUACUUCUAUGAGCAGGCCUUCCGCGAGCACUGGGAGCGCUCGUGGGUAAGCCAGCACUGCAAGAGCCUAGCCAUCCCCUGCCCGGCCCACUACACGCCCCGCAUGUCGCCCGACUUCACAGUCUACAUGAUCAAAUACCUCAUGACGCUCAUCGUGGGCAUCACGUCGGGCUUCUGGAUCUGGUCCGGCAAGACGCUGCACUCGUGGAGGAAGUUCUACACGCGUCUCACCAACAGCCGGCAUGGAGAGACCACCGUGUGAAGCGGUCUCGCCUGCUGGGCGCCCCCCUCUCCCAGGUCCGGACUGCACCGUGCCCUCCUUCACUCGGGAGGGGGGUGCACCCUACGGACUCCUAUUUUAUUUUUUUAAAUAAAGAACAGUG